UGUAAUCCGCACACUGCAGACAAAUUCAGAUCAACAACUACUCCGCAAACGUUUUUUUUUGCUCACAACCUUUUUUGGAGCCCCACAAGCUGCAAUAAACAAAAAAAGAGGAGCUAAGACAUUUACACAUUUGGGAUUAAACAGCUUCAUAGCAUUAAAAAAAAAAUCUCACCAGGGACUUCACAGCAGUGUUCCUCCUCUUCUGAACCAUAAAGGAGAAAACAAGGGAGAAAUCAUGAAAAAGGGAAAGGUGAGCAAUGACAAUGAGCCUCCCAGCUAUCAAGAGGCAACAGCAGGCUAUGCUGAGAUGGAGGCCCAGUUUGCCUGGGACGAUAAGACCAUCCGGCGGACUUUCAUCAGGAAGGUCUACGCCAUUCUCAUGGUUCAGCUGUUUGUGACUGUUGGUAUUGUUAGUCUCUUCACGUUUUGUGCACCCGUGAGGUUUUUUAUUCAGACUCAUCCUGUCUUGUACUCGGUAUCCUAUUUCACCUUUUUCGUCACCUACAUUGCACUGUCCUGCUGUGGAGACCUGAGGAGGCAGUUUCCUUGGAAUACAAUUCUGUUAGUUCUCUUUACUUUGAGUAUGGCCUUCAUGAUGGGAUUUUUGUCAAGCUUUUACAACACCAAGUCGGUGGUGCUGUGUCUGGGAAUCACAGCUCUGGUGUGUCUUUCUGUCACCAUCUUCAGCUUCCAGAGCAAGAUUGACGUCACGUCUUGCCAGGGAGUCCUGUUCUCUUUGUGCAUGGUCAUGCUCCUCUGUGCCAUCACCAUCUCCAUCGUCGUCCCUUUUGGAUACGUUCCCUGGUUACAUGCCACCUAUGCUGUAAUAGGAGCCAUCCUCUUUACUCUGUUCUUGGCAUUUGACACUCAGCUGCUCUUAGGGAACAAACGCUACACCAUAAGUCCAGAGGAAUACAUUUUUGCCACUCUCAGCCUCUACCUGGACAUUAUCUACCUUUUCAGCUUCCUGUUACAGAUCAUGGGAGAAGGCCGGGAGUGAAGCCUGUUUUCCACUUUUCCCCUGCAUACUAAAAAUGCUUCUCAGCUAAACUAUUUGAACAAACUUGGAUUUACCUCCCUACAGAGUGAGAUGACAUCAAGGCUGUAUGGCUUUGUCAUUAGAGCAAUCUAUUAUUUAUCUAACCUUUACGUCUCUUCAGUUCAUAAUCUCCUAAUCAAAGGAGACCCUGAAAUCCCAUCUGUACAAUCCUACUGCUGGACUGUUACUGUGCCCAUACCUGGCCUACACCUGUCUGCUACCUUACUGUAGUGUUUCACUGCACUCUGGCAUUCUCUAGAUAUUGUGAAUUGCCCUGGGAAUCUAUAUGACCCCACCGUUCAGUGUGUAUGUUUUGAAUGCCGUUUUUAGACUCAUAAGUGGAUAAAAGCAGGUACAGAGUUGGCUGCAUCGCUCCGUUAAUGCAGCGCUGAGCCAAUAAUGGAGAUUCACGACAUGCACACUUUCAAGCUCAGCAGGGUUGAGUUUGUUUUAAUUGUUUGCUUCACUUGCAAUGUGUAGAUACACUUUAUUACUUUUCAUAUUAUAUGAGGUGGGUUUAGUGUUCUAUAGUAUGUACUGUAUGUGCAUAAACUCAGUUUGGGCAUUGAUAUUUAUUUUUUUUGUUGGAGGAAAUAGAUACUGUACUGAGCAGUAUGAGUCAGUGGACUUUAAAGAUGUAAAGAAAACAAAGAGCAUCCACAAAGGGAAAAUGGAUGUCCAGUACCAGUCAAAAGUUUGGACACACCUUCUAAUUCAGUGUUUUUAAUAUUUUCCCUAUAUUGUAAAUUAAUACUGUAGUCAUCCAGUCUAUGAAGGAACACAUAAGGAAUCGUGGUAAAUUUAAGAGUGUUAAACAGGACAAAAUAUGUCUUAGAUUUUAGAUUCUUCAAAGUAAGCACCUUUUGCUUUGAUUACAGCUUUGCACACUCUUUAGGGUUUAGAUCAGGUGAUUGCAGAGGCCAGGUCAUCUGACGCAACACUCCAUCACCCCCUUUCUUGAUUAAAUUGUCCUUACAUAGUCUGGAGGCGUGUUUGGGGGUCACUGUCCUGUUGAAAAACAAAUGAUGGUCCCACUAAGCGCAAACCAGAUGGGAUGGCGUUUCUCUGCAGAAUGCUGUGGUAGCCAUGCUGAUUAAGUGUGCCUUGGAUUUUAAUGAAAAAGCCAACAGUUGCUUCUUUGCAGCAAUUCAACCAUAAAGUCCAGAUUCACGCAGUCAACUCUGAACAGCUGAUAUUGAGAUGUGUGUGCUAGUUGAACUCUGAAGCAUUUAGGUGGGCUCUUAUCUGGGGUGCUUCUGGGGUCUUCCUUUCCUGGGGUGGUCCUGAUGAGAACCAGUUUCAUCAUAAUGUUUGAUGGUCUUUGAAGUAUCCUCAGGUGCAGUCACAAAGUUCUCGAAAUUUUUCGUACUGACUGACCUUCAUUUCUUAAAGUAAUGCUGGACUGUCUGUUUACUUGGUUGAGUAGUUCUUGCCAUAAUAUGGAUUAGAACAUUACUCAAAUAGGGCUAUUCACUGUAUACCAACUCUACCUCUUAACACAACUGAUGGCCUCAAACACAUUAAGAGGGCAAGAACUUCAAGAAAUGAACUCUUGUCAAGGCACAGCUGUUAAUUGAAAGCCAUCCCAGGUGACUACGUCAUAAAGCCAACUGAAAAAAUGCCAAGAUGUGCAAAGCUGUCAUCUAAGCAAGAGGUGCCUACCUUGAAGAAUCUAAAAUAUAAAACAUAUUCUGGUUUGUUUAACACUUUUUUGUUUACCAAAUAAUUCUGUAUGUAUUUCUUCAUAGUUUGGAUGACUUUAGUAUGAAUCUACAAUGCAGACAAUUUUUAUAUAAUAAAAAAAACGCUGAAUUAGGUGUGGUCAAACUUUGACUGGUACUGUAUAUCAGAGUAAAGCCAUUAGACAUCUUUUUAAAUUAAUGUGGUGAAUUUACUGUGGCCUUUCAGCUGUGAUAGAAAAUGAUUUCAGAUUAACAAGUUGAUAAUGGAAACACUGGAAAUUGUCUGCAUAAUGAGUAAAAGACACAAUACAUUUCUUUGAAAAGAACAUGGGCUAUGUGCUGUACUUGUAAGUGAGAAGACAAUUAAAUGGACGCAUGAAACCUACCGAGUGUGUUCAGUUUGAUAGUUCUGUAAUAAAACAUUAAAAGAAAACAUCUUCACAA